AUGGUACUAGUCGUAUGGUAUGGUGAUAAGUUGGGAAAGGGAAUCGUAUGCUGGAUAGAUUGUGAUGUCCAACCUUCUGUUCUGGUAGCGAGUUUAUCUUUCACUUCAAAUAGAGCAUUGACCUCUAACUCUACUGUCUUGACUACAUUGACCGUCAUUGCUACUUGUAAUUCCUCUUCACAUAUCACUGCUGCCAAUAAUAAUUCCAUAGCAGUUGCUGCCUCGCUAAUUCCAUCGUUAAACUCGUCAAAUCUUUCUUCGCCAAGUCAAUCAUCAAGCUCAUCGUUCUACAUCAAAAAUGCAUUUCUUCAUGGGCAAUUACAUGAAGAGGUAUACAUGUCUCAAACCCCUGGAUUUACUGAUCCAAAUAUGCCAACCAUGUGUGUAAGCUUCACAAAGCUCUUUAUGGCCUUAAACAAGCACCUCGGUCAUGAUAAUCUUAUUGUUACAAGAAGAUCUAAUGAGUUCAUUGCAAGCCUUGUUCUUCAACUGUCUGAUGCCUUUGUUGUAAAAGAUUUUGGUAAGCUAUAUUACUUUCUUGGUGUUAAGGUCCUUUAUCAGCCCAUUGGAUUGACCCUUACUCAAUCACAAUACGUAAGAGAACUCCUUGCUCAUGCCAAUAUGGAUGGUGCAAAGCCUAUUGGUACACCUAUGGCCGCAGGACUUCAAUUGUCUCAACAUAGGAGUUCACCAUUUUUGGAUCCAUCAUUGUAUCACAUCUUGAUAGGAGCUAUUCAAUAUAUAAAUAUCACACGUCCAGAUGAGUCAUUUACUGUCAAUAAAUUAUGUCAAUUCAUGCAUAAACCUAUGGAGUCUCAUUUUACGGCUAUGAAAUACUUGUUGCGCUAUUUAAAGGCAACCAUAAACAUCGGCUUGAAUUUGCAUUCCGCUAACUCCUUACCACUUCAGGCCUUCACAGAUGUAGACUGGGCUAGUUUCCCAGGUGAUCGGCGGUCUACCAAUGGUUAUUUUCUAUUUAUUGGACCCAAUUUAGUGUCAUGGAUCUCAAAGAAGUAG